CGUCACGGGGCCAGCCACAAGAAACCCAAACCACGUGGGUGUGUCUCAGGGCCCAGUGCAAGGCGUCGAGGGCAUCAGCAGCGAAGCGCCCCCCCCCCGCCCCCCCCCAACGUCUCCAGCAGCGCGAGCCCUCGUCACGUGACGAGCAGCGGCACGCGUGAGACGCCUUGCAGGCCCUGCUCACAGCGAAGACGAUGAUGAGUGGACUCGCCGCUUGGAGAUUCGCCUUCUCCGCGGCUCCCAGCCGUGGGCUGCUGGGCGCUCGCUCUGCCCGGUUCCACGGCGCCGCUGGGCGACUCCGCCAGCAGCAGCAGCAGCAGCGGCGGCCGCCGCCGGGAGGCGCCGGGUCCGUGAAGCAGAGGCUCUACAACGACCCCAACUACAUCCCGCAGCGCCCCGCCAAGAACCCCAUGAAGUCCGUUGGCUGGGCCUGGCUGAUCGGGAUGCCAGUCGGCGUGACGCUCUUCAUCCUCGCCAAGGGCCAGGUGGAGCGGAACCGAGCGAAGCAGCUAAGCGCGCGCCGUCGCAUGCAGCUGGCCAACGUGGAGGACGCGGAGACGCGGCCCUGAGCCGGCACCGCCGGCAGUGGGCACCUCCUGCGCUCCGCCUUGGGAAUGGAACGACAAGGGCCGCCGCCGCUGCUACCGCGGGGAUUUUUCCGCGGUCGUGCUGCUGCGCAGCCCUCCGAUGCGUUUUUCGGGUCGUACCGCGUGGCGUUCGCUACGACGUCCGCCGUUUUGCUCCCACGUGCCAGGAGCAGAAUUCGGCUCCACGCGCCGGGGAACCUCGCGGCACCACCGGUGGUUGCACCGCCAACGAUGUUUUUUUCAUUUACCGUGUUUGUUAUUAGCGGUUUCCUUUAACCUCGGAUAUAUGAAAUAUAGACCCUUUAAUAUGCGUUAAAUAUUGCCUCGAUCACAAGGGUGACCUGGGUUAUAUAAAGAUUAAAUGCUGCGUUGUUUAUGUACAGCCAUCUAUCAAUCCACUGAUGGAUGAGGGCUUGCCAUGCGGGUUAGCUAGGGUUUUUUUUUACCAUACUUCACCACGCUCGUCAGAGCGGGUUGAUAAAAGGCGGCAAACAGUACAAUGAUGGAUUUUGCCGCACCGCCCUCGACCACACACCACGUAGCCCCCCCCCCCCCCCAAGAGCGUGGAGGCCAGCAUAUCAUGGUUUGGUUUUGGCUUGGUUAGGUAAAUCACCCAUGCUGGCUUGGCACGGAUGUACCAGUGGAAAAGGACUUUUUCAGACAACCUGCACAGGUGCCGCAUAUUCUCAGGUUCACGAUGCAUUGUAAUUUAUAUAACUACCUUAGCCGCCCCACUGUGGUCUUCUCACCUGAUAGGCUCACAGUGAUAUCACCUGGACGCUGUUUAAGACCGAGACGAUAGGCUCAUAGUGAUAUCACCUGGACGCUGUUUAAGACCGAGACGAUAGGCUCAUAGUGAUAUCACCUGGACUCUGUUUAAGACCGAGACGGGAAGACUUCACAAUUCUGGCAAAUCGCCCAAUGAAGCUGGUUAUUGUAAUCGCCAGAGAAACGUUACAGCACUCAUUGUAAAUGUGUUAACACUGCCGACACACCGGGUGUGUGCUGCAGUAGUAAUCGGCACGUUUUGUUUACGUAACAAACCUUACCGAUUGGCUGUGUCAGGUGGUGGUCGUGGGUUAGCGACAUUUAUAUUUACACGGUCUAAACCCCCCCCCCCCCCCCAAAAAAAAAAAACCCACCCCAUAUUUAUUAGUGACAUUACUUUAAAACAUGACGGCCACCUCGAGACCUCCCAGUUGCCGUCGCUCGCCGUCGGGAUUGUCCUUGGCUAACAUCACCGCCCAGCUCUUUGUAGCUGUUGGCCAUCCGUGAAUCGUCCUCCCGUGGGGGGUGGGGCGCUGCAGAGACCUCGGAAUAGGCCGCCCUGCAGCGUUCUUGUCGAGCCUGGCUGUGCGAAUAAACAGGACUUUUUUAAAAAAU